AUGGCCGCCGAAGCCCAAGUCGCGCUUCAAAUGAACCGCAUCGACACGAUGCGCAAUAUGUCUACUCGCUUGACCGACGCCAUUCUCGCUACCCAAGGUGCACCCGCUAUCGACGCUGAACUCGCUUUCCUCAAUGAUCUGUGGUCUCGCUUUAACACAACUCAUGAGAGACUGUUCGAGGAUGUUCCAGAGAUCGUUGCAAACGAAUACCAUACUGGCAACGCAUUUGGUACCGCUAGUCAAGUCUACACAGAGCUUCUAGUGAGACUCACCGCUGCGAGACCCGCUCCAGUGCCGGCUCCAGAGCCUCAAGCCAUCAACCACGAUCAAACCGCAUAUUUUGGAGGCGCGCACAAAACCAACUUGCCUCAAAUCAAGUUACCAACGUUCCAGGGAACUUACGACGAAUGGGACUCAUUCAAGGACCUGUUCACCUCUCUGGUCAUACAUGAAGAUUCGCUUACUGGCGCUCAAAAAAUGCAUUACCUGAAAACCCAGGUCAAAGGUGAAGCCGCGUCGUUAAUCGCCAACAUCCAAGUCACGGAUGACGCCUUCCAAUCGGCUUGGGAACUCUUGAACACUCGCUAUACAAACCCACGCAGAUUACUCGACAUGCAUGUCGAUGAAAUACUGUACCGACAACCGCUAACUGGCCACUCCGCUGCCGAGCUUGAUGAUCUGUUACUCGCUAAUAAAAAGUCGCUGGACGCCAUCGCUGCAUUGGGAGUUCCAAUCAGCGAUUCGGAUCCCUUUUUGAUUCGCUUGACGGUACACUGCUUACCAGAAGACCUUCGUGUGGAGUGGAUGGCCUCUCUAGGACUCUCCAACGAGUUCCCGACCUACAAGCAGCUGCACGAUAUGCUAAAGGCCAAGGUACGGGCUUGGGAAAACUCUGGGGUUGGAACAAGAACACCUGCAGCACCAUCUAAGGUCAUGACCGACCGACCACCAGCUCCGAAGACAUACUCUCGAUCAGCCGCUAACAACAAGCCCGGAGGCGCCACCAGUAGAUCCGCUCCCCCCUCCAAGGCAUCUACGUCAAGAGAAGGGGCUAGUUACAACGCUUUCACUCCGAAAGAGAAGACGAGUGAACCAGGACUAUGUCCGAUCUGCAAGCAAAAGCACUUCGUGCUGUUUUGCCCCAGCUACCAGCAGGCGUCACCACAAAACCGGAAAAAGAUUGUCUACCACUACCGGCUAUGCUACAACUGCUUGGGACGCCACCGCUUCGCUGACUGCCAGACUAAGGACAGGUGCCAUCACUGUCAGAAGCCACAUCACACGUCCACGCACAUUGAUGAGGAGACUCCCGCUAAAUCAGUACAGGAACCUGCUGUACCGACUCCAGGAAGUACAUGUACUGCCCGUGUACUUAUUGAUCAAGGAUCGGAGUUAUCCUUUGUGACGCAUUCGCUAAUUAAGAAGUUGGAUAUACCGCUAAACAAGGCAGCUAUACCAUUACGAGGAAUUGGUAAUGUGUCAGCUGGACACUCACUUGGAUCAUGCCAGGUGUCGCUGCAUUCGCUACAUAGUUCCGCUUCUAUUACUAUCCAAGCUCAUGUGCUUGCUCUAUUGACGGUGAACUUGCCGUCAUUCACGCUAACCAACAAGAAAUGGCCGCACAUAAACGGUCUACAACUCGCUGAUCCAGACUUCUUAACAUCUCGACCUAUUGACAUCAUUCUGGGUGCAGCACCAGCUGCACACAUAAUCAACGCUAAAAUAAGGAAGGGUAAUGACAAUGACCCAAUCGCUCAGUCAACGACGCUUGGCUGGAUCAUCUAUGGGUCUGUGGACACCGCUACUUCUAAAUUGACAGCUUAUGGUUAUCAUGUCACUGUUGAUGAUCAAUUACAAGACUUGCUGAGCAAGUUUUGGUACCAAGAAGAACCACAGACAGAAUUCGCUAUACACUACAAUGAAGAUGAGGAAAAGUGUGAACAACACUUUGUAAAAACACACUACAGACAGACUGAUGGUCGAUAUGUCGUUCGCUUGCCGCUUAAAUCAUCUCCAAGUCAACUGGGUGACUCGCUACGAGCUGCGCAAUACGCUUUACUUCGUCUUCGCAAACGUCUGGACAAAGAUCCAAUCUACAAGAAGCUAUACUACGACUUCCUGAAGGAAUAUGAAGACUUGGGACACAUGAGACGCGUAAAAUUAAAGGAUUUACCACCAAAUAGCUACAUGUUACCUCAUCAUGGGGUACUCAAAGAACAGAGCACUACCACCAAGCUCAGGGUGGUAUUCAAUGGGUCAUGGAAAACGACAUCAGGCGUAUCCAUCAACGAGAUACUCCAUGUGGGCCCCAAGAUUCAAGUUGACAUCAGUGAUGUACUGAUUCGAAUUCGCUGUCACCGCUAUCUAUUCGCUACUGACGUAACUAAGAUGUUUCGUCAGAUUGCAGUUGACAAGGAAGAUCAUCAUCUACAGUGCAUACUCUGGUUUGACGAAGAGGACCUACCAACAGUAUUUGCACUCGCUACGGUUACAUAUGGAACAACAUCAGCUCCAUAUCUCGCUGGAAGAGCACUUUUACAACUCGCUGAAGAUGAAGGAAAUAAAUUUCCUAAAGCUGUUGAACCACUGACGAACACCCGCUACGUUGAUGACAUCUAUGGAGGCGCAGAUGAACUCGCUGAGGCAAUUCAAGUUGCUCUCGACACAAAAAAUAUGUGUGCCGCAGGAUGCUUCCCGCUUGCAAAAUGGGCAAGUAAUUCAACAGAAUUACUGUCUCAAGUCGCUCCAGUUGAAACCCAAGAAGAUACACCACGAGAACUUGGGGAUACUACAGUUAAAGUGCUCGGGUUAACCUGGAAUUCUACUCAAGAUAAAUUCCAGUUUGGCUAUUCGCUACCAGAAGCAUCUCCAACUACUAAACGCACAAUUUUAUCUGAAAUUGCUCGCUUGUUCGACCCGCUUGGGUUUUUGGCACCCAUCAUCGUAAGAGCCAAGAUGUUCAUGCAGAAGCUGUGGCUGCAGAACUUCGAUUGGGAUGCUACGCUAUCACCGUUGCUUCUUCAAGAGUGGAAUUUGUUUCGAGAUGAACUACAUCAGAUCUCGAAGAUUCAGAUACCUCGCUGGAAUCAUGUAAGAACUGGUGUAUCAAUAGAAUUACAUGGAUUCUCUGACGCUUCGCAACUCGCUAUGGCUGCUGUCGUCUACUUAAAAGUCACUGACGCUACUGGAAGCUCCAAUAUUUCGCUAGUGUGUGCCAAAACACAAGUCGCACCACUGAAACCAAUAUCUAUACCAAGAAUGGAGCUCAAUGCCGCUGUAUUACUCGCUCAACUGGUACUCUACGUAAAGACAGUCUUGAAACUUGAAAAUGUACCAAUCUUCAUGUGGACAGACUCCGCUGUAUCCUUAACGUGGAUACGAAACAACCCCGCUAGAUGGAAGGUCUACAUUCGCAACAGAGUUACCAAGAUUCAGGAAUCGCUACCAAGUGUCAACUGGGAUUUUGUUCCUGGGAAACUUAACCCAGCUGACUGCGCUUCAAGAGGUUUAACAGCAGCUAAAUUGGAACAGCAUUCGCUAUGGUGGACGGGACCUAAGUGGCUCAGUCAAUCAAAAGAAAACUGGCCAUCUUUUGACAUCCCUACUCAGACGGUAUCACAUCUUGAAGAACGUCCAGGUCUGGUUUUUACCAUCUUCAAGGCAGAUUCACACCCGCUACAUACGCUAUUGGACAAAUUCUCUAAGUUGUCACCACUACUUCGCACGCUUGGAAUCUGUCUUCGUGCCAUCGCUAAAUUUAAAAAAGUGCCACAGUCCACACUGGCCACACCACUCUCUACAGUUGACCUGGAACUCGCUAAGAUUUUGCUGAUCAAGUAUACGCAAAGUCAGUAUUAUUCGCAAGAGCUGAAACUACUGAAGGAUGGUGAUUCGCUACAUCGAAAUCAUCGUCUCGCUAAAUUGAUUCCCUACGUCGACUACAAUGGAGUACUCAGAGUCGGCGGUCGCUUGAAGAAUUCGCUACUGGAUGAUGAUAAAAAAAAUCCAGCUAUUUUACCACGAUCAUCACGCUUAAGUACGCUACUCAUAGAACAUUCGCACCAAAAAACAUUCCAUGGGGGAACUCAAUUGACACUCGCUGAUCUACGGAGAUCUGUCUGGAUAGAAGGUGGGCGUGUUCCAGUCAGGUCUCAUAUUCUUCGCUGCGUCGUGUGCACGAGACAUAGAGGUGUUCGUGCACAACAACUAAUGGGACAAUUGCCAUCCGCUCGUGUAAGACCAUCGAAAGCAUUCUUACACACGGGAAUAGACUACGCUGGGCCAGUGACACUAAAGACGUUCCAAGGUCGAGGUGCGAAAACCUAUAAAGGUUGGAUCGCUGUCUUCGUAUGUCUCGCUACGUCCGCUAUACAUAUCGAAAUUGUCACCGACUACUCUACGGACGCUUUCGUCGCAGCAUUCAGAAGAUUUACUUCAAGAAGAGGCGCCUGCAGUACCCUAUACUCGGACUGUGGUACAAAUUUUGUAGGAGCAGACGCUACGCUAAAGAGAGAAUUCGCAGCAGGAUCGAGACAGCUACGGGAACUUCAGUAUUUACUCGCUACAGAUGGCACAGACUGGAAGUUCAACCCGCCAAGUGCUCCCCACUUUGGUGGCAAGUGGGAAGCAGCCGUCAAGUCAAUCAAGUUCCAUCUUAUUCGAACUAUUGGUGAAUCGCUAUUGACUUACGACCAACUCGCUACAGUGUUAACACAGAUUGAAGCUGUGCUUAAUUCAAGACCGAUCGCUCCGCUAUCCGAAGAUCCUGCAGACUUAACCGCUUUGACUCCUGGACACUUUCUCAUCGGCGAGCCUCUAAUCGCUGUGCCAGGACCUUCGCUACUGGAAAACAACACCGCUACGUUGUCACGCUGGCAACAAUUACAACAAAUGUUCCAGACAUUUUGGACAAGAUGGUCGUCUGAAUACUUACAACGACAUCAAUCAAUAUCGAAGUGGCAUCAUCCAUCAAACAUCAUCAAAGUGGGCUCAUUAGUCCUGCUGACUGAUGAGAGGUUCCCACCAUCAAAAUGGCCACUCGCUAGAGUACUUGCGCUACAUCCAGGACGAGAUGGGUUGACUCGAGUCGUCACCCUGAAGACCGCUACCACUGAACUUGUUAGACCAAUCGCUAAACUGUGCGUGCUGCCAGUUCACUCUCCAGACGACAAUCCUGUCGACACCGUCGCCAGCGCUGGGGAGAAUGUUCAGUCAAGACCCAAUUCGCUACCACCUGAGAACGCCGAACCUCACCAAUAG